AAUAUUAUGAUAUUACUAUUGAAGUUGGUAAUGACCCUUACGUAAAAGUCUUCCGUGCUCACAUGGUUAUUUUAAAUUAUCGUUCNAAAAAAAAAGAGAUAAUAAAUUGCGAUGGAUGACAAUAGAUUUUUACCAAAGUUAUCACAAAAUUUACUCAAAAUUUUGGAUGAUAAUGAAUAUUAUGAUAUUACUAUCGAAGUUGGCAAUGACCCUUACGUAAAAAUAUUCCGUGCUCACAUGGUUAUUCUAAAUUAUCGUUCUACUUAUUUACAAAGGAUUUUAUCAACAAAUAAAAAGAAAAAUGAUGGAACUUUGGUACAUAUUAAAUUACCAAAUAUUUCACCUGAAAUUUUUCAAAUAAUCCUCAGGUAAGUAAUAUAUAAUAAACAAGUUAUUAUUUUACAAAUAUUUACACUUUUAAUGUAUAUAAAUGUUUU